AUGAGGGUCUCUGUGUUGGAGGAGAGUUAUGAGCAGUUCCUGGAACAACUGUCAGACCUGGGCUUCGACAUGAGGCUACAGCUCAUUCUGUCUCGAGUAGAGCAACGGCUUUGGUGGAAAGCUAGACCCUGGCCCACCCACAACCUACAGCGAAUGUUAAAGGUUCAGAAAGAGAGGUCUGAGAGUAAGGAGUUCCACAUAAAGCUGUUGAGGUGGAAAGUGUCUGAGCUAGUGGAGGAGAAGAGGAGUUGCUCAGCCCUGGCUGUGGAGCGAGACGACACCCCUGUGACCGCCAGCAAGCUGCAGAAAAAGGUGGAGCGACUGCAGGGGGAACUGGGUUCCAGUAUGGUCUCCAUCACAGAGCUCAAGGCCCAGCUGUCAAAUACCAACAAGCUGAAGCUCAAAGUCCCGGAGCAAAGCCAGACCAUUGGGGAGCAGAGUAAGAGUCUGGAGGAGCUGGAGAAGGGGAAGGCCCAGGUAGAGGAGAGGCUGACCACAGCCAGGACAGAUCUACAGAGCCAGGAGCACCAGGCCAGGGAGGCUCAGCAGCAGCUUACCACCCUCAGACAGACUCUGGCCCAGCUCACACACAGUGAGAAAGAGGUGGUGGGAUGGAGAAUGGUGGUCUCUCAGAUGUUAGGUCUAGAAGUCACAGCCUUGGUGGUCUCUCAGAUGUUAGGUCUGGAAGUCACAGCCCUGGUGGUCUCUCAGAUGUUAGGUCUGAAAGUCACAGCCCUGGUGGUCUCUCAGAUGUUAGGUCUGGAAGUCACAGCCCUGGUGGUCUCUCAGAUGUUAGGUCUGUCCUACCCACCACCAUGACCUCCACCAUCACCACUCCCUGGUCCUGUCCUACCCACCACCAUGACAUCCACCAUCAC